AUGAAGGCUAUCAAAUUGACUGGUCACGAACGUCCAUUAACUCAGGUGAAGUACAACAAAGAGGGUGAUUUAUUAUUUUCAUGUUCGAAAGAUAGUUCAGCCAGUAUUUGGUACUCGCUAAAUGGUGAGAGAUUAGGUACUUUGGAUGGUCACACAGGUACUAUCUGGUCCAUCGAUGUCGACCGCUUCACCAAGUACUGCGUUACGGGAAGUGCCGAUUACAGUAUCAAAUUGUGGGACGUAUCAAGCGGGCAAUGUAUCGCCACAUGGAAAUCGCCUGUUCCUGUGAAGAGAGUCGAAUUCUCCCCAUGCGGUAACUAUUUCCUUGCUAUUUUGGACAACGUCAUGAAAAACCCAGGUUCCAUCAACAUAUACCAAAUCGAAAGGGACUCCACCACUCAUGAAUUAACAAAGGUCUCCGAAGAUCCAAUUCAUGCGAUUAUCACUCAUGAAGGCUUAGACGCUGCCACUGUGGCGGGAUGGUCCACUAAGGGUGCCUACAUCGUUGCAGGCCAUAAAGACGGUAAGAUCAGUAAAUACGAUGUGAAUAACAAUUACGAAUACGUGGAUUCCAUCGAUUUGCACGAAAAAUCCAUCAGUGACAUGCAAUUUUCUCCAGAUUUAACAUACUUCAUUACAUCAUCCAGAGAUACCAGCUCAUUCUUGGUCGAUGUGUCCACUUUACAAGUCCUCAAAAAAUACGAAACAGACUGUCCACUAAACACCGCCGUCAUCACCCCAUUGAAGGAAUUCAUUAUUCUAGGUGGUGGUCAAGAAGCCAAGGACGUUACCACCACCAGCGCCAACGAAGGUAAGUUCGAAGCCAGAUUUUACCACAAGAUUUUCGAAGAAGAGAUCGGAAGAGUACAAGGCCAUUUCGGUCCCUUGAACACCGUCGCCAUCAGCCCACAGGGUACAAGUUACGCCUCCGGUGGUGAAGAUGGGUUCAUACGUCUACAUCAUUUCGAAAAAUCUUACUUUGAUUUCAAGUACGACGUAGAAAAGGCUGCUGAAGCCAAGGAACACAUGCAGGAAGCUAAUUGA